CUCUUUGAAGCUUAAUAACUCUUAUGCCUUUUGAUGAAAACUUCUGUAAUUUUGCAAGAAGGUUUGGGUAUUAGAGAGAGAUUUUUCUAGAAAUUUUCAGGAAAAUCGGACCAUUGGUUCGGGAAAUAUGGUCCCAUCACCUUAACAUCUCCAGAAACAAUCGAAGACAAAGGUAACGAUAGCAAUUAUCAGGUAUGAAAACAAAGAAUAUCGGGAAAGUCUAGAAAAAUAAAUUUGAGAAGAAUUUUUUUUUUACAAUUAUUUAGAAAAUAAUCUAUUUUAUUAAUUAAAGAACGGAAAUUAUUACAAUUUAAUCGCCUUUUAUAUCAUUUCCUAAUGGAUAAGAAAGAAAUUAUAAGCUGUUAAUCGAGUUAUUUCCGUUUAAUUUCAAAUUGAAGCAAGUACCGAGAGCUGAAUCCGAAGAUGAUGAAAAUUUUAUUAUUCUGCUCAAUUUUUCUAAUUGCCAAUGGUCAACAGGAGAUUAAAAAAUUAGCAUCGACCAGUAAUGAAUUUUGUUUUUCUCUACUGAAAACUUUUCCCAUUAAUCAAAACGUUUUUUUCUCUCCUGCAAGCAUCUACUUAGCUUUGGGUAUGUUAUAUGCUGGUGCAAGAGGAUCGACAGCUGAAACAAUGCAAAGUGUACUCGGGUAUAGCGACGAAGGAAAUAUUCACCGGACAUUUAGUAAUUUGAUCAAUUUAUUAACAAGCCAAUCUUCCGAAUAUAGAAUAGAGUUGGCUAAUGCUUUAGUUUAUCAAGAAAGCUUCCACAUUUCACCUGAAUUUAAAGAGAUCUUGAAAAUCUAUUACGGGGCACUCGUAAAAGAAUUGGAUUUCGAAGAAAACGCCGAAGAAGCACUCGAAGAAAUUAAUCAAUGGGUCGAAGAAAAUACUAACAGAAAAAUUCCAAAAUUUCUCAACGAAUUACCACCAGAUUUAAUAAUGAUUCUAUUAAAUGCUGUUUAUUUUAAGGGCAUUUGGCAGAAGCAAUUCGAUCCGGAAUUGACACAAAAUGAUGCCAUAUUUUAUAACGACGGAGUAAAUAAAGUUACCGUUUCCAUGAUGAAUAUUAAAGAUCACUUACCUUAUGUAUGGUACCCAGAAAAAUGGUUGAAUGCCGUCGAAAUUCCUUAUAAAGGUGAAGACAUCAGUAUGUUAAUUAUACUACCGUUAUGGCACGAUAAACUUGAUGAGAUAGAAAAAAAUCUUGAUGAGGAAAGCUUGAAAGAUAUUAUUUCGCGCUUGAAGAUACUUCCAAAUAAAAUAGACGUUUCUAUUCCAAAAUUUAAACUAGAAGAUUGCAGAAAACUCAAAAGUAACUUAACAUAUUUAGGAUUAGGUGAUAUAUUUAAUAGAAAUGCCGAUUUUACUGGCAUUAACAAUGAUGAUGAGUUGUUAGUUUCUGAAAUAUUGCAUAAAGCAACGAUCGAAGUUAACGAAGAAGGAAGCGAAAUUGCUGCUGUCAGCGGCAUUGAACUUGUACCCGAAUCAGCAAUUGGUAUUGUUUAUGCGAAUCAUCCAUUUCUGUUCUUCAUAAGAGAUUUGAGAACAAAUAUGAUUCUGUUUGCUGGACGAGUUACUCGUUUGUAUGUCAUAAUGGCGAUGAAAGUGCUGAUGGUGUUACUCUCAAUACACUUUACUGUUAAUUCUGAGUCUCAACUGAAAGAUUUAGUAUUAUCAAGUAACGAAUUUUGUUUUUCUCUUCUUAAAACAUUUCCUGCUAAGCAAAAUGUAUUCUUCUCUCCUUCGAGUAUUUACAUAGCUUUGGGUAUGUUAUAUGCUGGAGCUGAAGGUUGGACGGCUGAAGAGAUGCGACGAGUACUCAAUUACGAGGAUGAUCAAUUAAAUGAUCGAUCCAUUCAUGAAAUAUUCGGUAGUCUGAUCAAUUUUUUAGAGAGUCAAUCACUUGAAUAUAGGCUCGAGAUAGCUAAUGCUGUGAUUUUUCAAGAAAAUUUCUACGUUAAUCCUUCGUUUAGAAAGGUCUUGCAUAAUUAUUACGAAGCUCUUAUCAAAGAGAUCGAUUUCGAGGAAGAAAGUGAAGCCAUUAAAGAAAUAAACGAAUGGAUCAGAGAAAAGACAAAAGGAAAAAUCCCGAAUUUUUUAAAUGAACUUCCACCGGACAUAAUAAUGAUUCUUCUGAAUGCCGUUUAUUUCAAAGGUAUUUGGCACAAAAGAUUCGAUCCAAAAUCAACUACAGAUGCUUAUUUUUAUAAUAAUGGUGUCGAUAGAGUUCUCGUUCAAAUGAUGCAUAUCGACGAAUACUUCCCGAUCAACUGGUAUCCGGAUAAAGGAUUAAGAGCCAUUGAGCUUCCAUAUAAAGGAAAUGACGUUAGUAUGGUAAUUAUGCUGCCAUUUUCGAAUGUACUCGAUGGAAUAGAACAAAAUCUUAACUCCGAAAGCCUAAACGAAAUCAUAUCUCAGUUAAAGAUGAGUUCACACAGAUUAUCUGUGGUUAUUCCAAAGUUUAGACUCGAAGACUCCAGAGAACUUAAAGCAAACUUGACUUAUCUUGGAUUAGGCAGUUUAUUUAAUAGAUUUGCUGAUUUCUCUGGCAUUAGCAACGAUAGAAAUAUCUUAAUUUCUAAUGUCCUUCAUGAAGCAGUGAUCGAAGUUAAUGAGCAAGGAACCGAAGCAGCUGCUGUGAAUGCGUUUGAAGGAGUGCCAGUAUCAUCGUUUUCACUGUUUAACGUUGAUCAUCCAUUCCUAUUUUUCAUAAGGGAACGAAGAACAAAUUUGAUUUUAUUCGCUGGAAGAGUAAAUAAUUUGUAAGAAUUAUUUUAUACGUUUAAUUAAAGAAUUAAGUUACUGGA